UGGCCCUUUAAAGCCGAGGGGGCGUCGGUCUGCGCGCGCCGCCUCUCGCGCCUCCUUAUCCCCUCCAGAUCCCACCGAGUCGGCCGUAAACACUGGGGCAUGCGAAAUAACGCGUGUCCCCCACCGCAAGCGCUUCCGAUCCGGGCAGGGGAGGGGGCUUGCAGCGGCGCAUACUUCGCGGAGGAAAAGGCCCCAGGACGAGGGAAAUCGACCACAUUUGGCCUUGAGGACGAGGUGCUGGAUGCUGCAGCGCAGAGAUGGACCUGCACAUCCUCGAUCACAGGCUUAAAGUGACCAGUAUCUGCAAGGACGGCUUGGUGGUCUUCACACACCCGCUUAUCAAACUCAUAUUCCUGCGGAACAGAACCAGAUGCAAGUUCUUCAGCCUGACGGAGACCCCUGAGAACUACACGGUGGUCCUGGAUGAGGAAGGUUUCAAAGAGCUCCCCCCCUCAGAGCACCUGCUGGUGGAAGCUUCCACCUGGCUGCCCCUCAAUGUGGUCUCCAAUGGCCACGCCUCCAGCAGCUCCCAGGCCGUGGGCGUCACCAAGAUCGCCAAGUCUGUCAUCGCACCGCUGGCGGAGCAGCACGUCUCCGUCUUCAUGCUCUCCACCUACCAGACGGACUUCAUCCUGGUGAGGGAGAAGGACCUGUCGGUGGUCAUCCGCACUUUGGAGGAGGAGUUCAAUAUCUACAGGGAGGUGGGGGGGGAGUGCGUCCCGUUCCGCAGCCAGGACAUCCGCAAUGGCUUCCAGAAGAAUGGCAAAGAGGCCGCCAAGGUUACGGUCCAUCCGGUUUUGAGUCCACUGAACAAAUUUUUGGUCAUGAGCUUGGACCCAGACACUCUUCCAGCCAUCGCCACCACGCUGAUCGACGUGCUCUUCUACUCCAGCAGCCAGAAAGAUGGAUCCCAUUCCAACCAGGACCUGGACUGCAUCAAAUUUUUCUCGUUUUCUCUUAUUGAUGGAUACAUCUCCAUCGUCAUGGACACUGAAGCCCAGAGACAGUUCCCAGCUAACCUUCUGUUCACCAGUUCUUCACAAGAACUGUGGAGGAUGGUGCGGAUUGGCGGCCAGCCUCUGGGAUUUGAUGAGUGUGGCAUUGUGGCCCAGAUCUCCCAGCCCCUGGCUGACAGUGACAUCUCCGCAUAUUACAUCAGCACUUUCAGCUUUGACCACGCCCUGGUUCCAGAGGAGGACAUUGACAGCGUGAUCAGCCUACUUCAGCAGCAGAGGCGUGACACGUCACAGGUGUGAUGACGCAAGCGUCCGGGAGAGAACUCCCACCAACCCGCAGGCUGACCUCACUCUUGUGUCUAGUCUGCCCCAGACCCCACCCCCAUCCAGCACUUGCUACACAGUAUUAGCUGUAGCUGAUGCCAUGACAACUGCUAACUGAUUGUGUUGGCCCCUAGUGUUAGAUGGUGGGCAUAACUGUUGGUUUAGAGCCCCUUCCUGUCUCUGUCCACCCAUCCUGAAUGUCCUGACACUACUUUCUGCGCCUCCAUCUUCUAGGAUGGUUAUAACUCGCGGGUGAAAACCAAUGGCGCCUGCCAAGUACUUUGUUAACCCAGGGUGGGCAUCCUGAGGUGCUGGAUGUGUAAAGAUUUUUUUUUAUGCCCCCCAUGUAUCUCAAACAAUUUUUGUAUAACUUUUACAAACACACCCACAACAAAGGUAGCGGUGUCCUCUGAUGUGCAAGCAUUGGGCUGAAGCGUUUGGUUUGUGGUUGGAGCCGUUGGAGCAUCACUCGUUACAAUCCUGCGAUGUCCUUUAGAAGGAAAACCUGCACAGAUGAAACCGUAACUUUAACUUUGACUGCAAGUGAUUACUUGGAAUCGUUGGGUAUAGUGUUAACCUUCAGUGGUGCUUUUACAGAAAAAAUAAUGGAAUUGAUAUUUGUAUGUAUUGAAAUACAGGAAGUUUUAUAUAGCAUUUUGUUUCCAUGGUUUGAUAUUGAUAUACAGAAAUGCGUUCAUAACUUUUGAAGUCGCUGUCUGAGUUUUUUUUUUUUUUUUUUUUUUUUGGUCCUGAUUCCAACUCAUUCCUGCUAAGUUUGUCAGUAGUACAGUAAUCGCCUGAAGGUCUCUCAGCUGCCGGCCGGUCAGCUGACGAUUUGUUUUUCCGAUUUUCAUUGACCUCUUGGUGCUUGUGCCUGACAGAGGUGGAGAUGGUUAGUUUUGUAAGGUAUUUUUUUUAUUAUUAUUUAAGCAGGUUUACAGAAAGAAUUUGAACUACAUUUUUACAUUUCAUUAUCGGUGUCCGUGUGUUUGCAGUCCUGUUCCUGCAGUGAAUAAAUUGAACUUGCUGCAGUAGCCUCACCUCGGUAUUCUUUUUGCCCCAUUUCAUAGGUGAUUGAUAAAUUUACUUGCCCUUACUGCAGAAGGGACAGAAAACGUAUCUUGAACUGCUGUCUUUCACGGUGGUCUUGGAUUUAUUUUUUCUUUAUUUUUAAAUUUGUGAGUAACGUUUCACUGACACUUGGACUUUUUCGGGAACACUUGCCUUUUGUAAAGUGACGCAGUAUUAUGACACGUGCUGCUUUAUGCUAUAAUAAAAACUGUAAAAUCA